GCAUAUUGGACUUUGCGCAUGGUGUUUCCUAUCCCACAAUUCCCUCACCCCAUUUUAUUCCCAACAUACAUAGCGGCUCAAACUCGACUGUGAUCACUGCAAGAUGGCGGACAAACCAGUGGCCCUGGCCGAGAAGAGGCUAAUGGACGUCAAGUUGGGAGAAUUCUUCUCCUGGAUUGGCACCAAGAACCUCUCACCCAUCGCGGCUGUUAAAAGCGGUCAUGACAAAUACUACAACAAGUAUAUCAAUGUGAAGAAGGGUGGCAUUGGAGGUAUUGCCAUGCUCCUGACAGGAUAUAUUGCGAUGAGCUACCUUUGGGAAUAUGAUCACCUCAAGCAUGACCGCUGGAGGAAGUACCACUGAACAUCACACCAUUCCAGGGACCACAAGGCUCUGAAGUGGCCAUGUCUGCAGCAGUCUAUUCAUUCUUUUUCUGCUUUUCUGUCUUUACAAAUUGUAGUUGUGACCAACAAUAAAACUCAAGUAUUUAAAAUCUGA